CUGCCUGGCACUUGUCGGGGUGGUGGUGACUCGAGUCGAGUCUCCUUGCAGGACUUGAAGACGCUACGGUUCUUCGGGCCGCUGGGCUGCCGGUCGAGUGCCUUGAUAGCGCGCAUCCGCCUGCGUCUGGUUGGCUUUCGAUCUGCCGCUCCCACCGCGUGAGCAUUAUGGCCUCACAUGCUUACAUCCACACACGGAGAGUCGGCGGAGGCCCACGACGACAGGCGUGACGGCCGUCAAGGGGAAGUUCGCGCCCGGGCACUGGGCUGCCCGCAGCCAGGGAAUGCCAGAUGGGUUGCCUACGCGCCGCUUCGCAGGGAUACGCAGGGACGCUCCCCCUCUCUCUAAAGACCUGUCGGCUGCACCACAACCACAACAAAUCCUCGCCGGCUCGGUAGUUUUAUACUUGCCCUCGUGACACCGCCACGGAAGAAGCCACACAUUCCGACCUUGCCCGCUACACUGUUGCUGAGCCACUGUAAGCAGAUUGUCCCUUUCAAUCUUCACCACAAUGACUACUCCAGUGGCUCUUGUGACAGGAUCUAACAAAGGCAUAGGGUUUGGUAUCGUCAAAGGCUUAUGUGAAAAGUUCCCUGGGAUCGUUUAUUUAACUGCACGAGAUGAGGGUCGGGGUAAAGCUGCUGUUGCAGAAUUGAACAAGCUUGGUUUGAAACCAGAGUUUCACAAGCUAGAUAUUACCAAUAAAAAUAGUGUCAUUGCUCUAAAGAAUUUUAUUAAAGAGAAGCACGGUGGCCUUGACGUCCUGGUAAAUAAUGCUGGCAUUUCCUCUAAGCAAACUGGUUCAGAUGUAUUCAGCAUUCAGGCUGAAUUAACCUCAGGAACUAAUUAUUUUGCUCUGGUCGACUUCUGCCAAGAAUUAUUUCCCUUGUUGCGCCCGCAUGCAAGAGUUGUGAAUCUCUCCAGUUCCAGUGGUCAUCUACUGCGCAUUCCUGGAGAAGCCAUUCGAAAGAAAUUUUUGAAUCCUGAUCUCACAAUUGACGAGCUGUCAAAUUUGAUGCAAAGCUUUGUAAAGGCAGCAAAGGAUGGCAACCAUGAAUCCCUUGGUUGGGGAAACAGUGCCUAUGUCGUGUCCAAAGUUGGUGUGAGCAAACUGUCCUUCAUCCAGCAGGCUGAAUUUGACAAAAAUGGCCCUGAGGACGUUGUUGUGAAUGCUGUCCAUCCCGGAUACGUUGCCACUGAUAUGACAAGCCACAAAGGACCUCUCACAAUUGCAGAAGGUUCUGCUGCGGCAAUUUAUUUGUCGCUGCUUCCUACCAAUGUGAAGGAGCCCCGUGGAGCCUACGUUUGGUUUGACAAGAGCAUUGUUGCCUGGGACCAACCAGCACCAGCUGAAGAUUAGUGCUGACAGUGUGUUUCAAUUGACUAACAAUUUGUCACUCUGUAAGAAGCCGCUGCUCGAUUUGUGCAUGUGACCUUCUUCAGAAAGUCAAAGGAAAAUAAAAACACUUUUUUUUUUUAAAUAA